CGGCUCGAAACGUUAUCGGAUAUGGCCAAGAAUCGUAAUCAAUGGCGAACGUGUUGCAAUUUCCUUCUUUCUUCCCUUCCUGAUGAUAGUUGACGAAAACUGCUUGAACUUGUUAAACAUGACUGUUUUCCUUCCAGAUGAAGUUCUUUAUCCGUUCUUUACUUAAAUUUUCACUUUUAAUCUAUGUUGUUUUAUUAUUAUUGUGUGGUGCAUCUUUCUUGGUGCCAUAUUGUACCAAGUUUUUCUGCAUUCAAACAAUAAUAAUAAGUUUGCAUUUCUAAGAUUUUAUUACUGAUUCUGCCGAAGCUUACUUAUUCGUAACAGAAUGAAGUCCACCGAGUUUAUUGCUGAUCCAACGUUUCUAGUUGUCCUUUGACAAUGGACGUUCAACGGGUUUUGAAACCGCUUUCUUAGCCUACCAGGGUUAUGCCACCGAAAAAUCAUCCACCUCGCCUUGUAUUUGAUGUUCCUUCGAACGAUUCGAACUGGCUGAAUGACGAUUUUAUGUUUACUACAAAGCCAUCAGUUGAUUUCAGAGCAGCAAAUGAUUCAACUAGAAUAGACUUGAACAAAGGUGAUUCACGUUUAACACCAGCAACAUUUGUUAGCUAUGCACCGUCAGCAGGAUAUGGUGAACCACUACCCUGGGAUAUCGUUGACUGGCAAUUGAAUAAUGAUGGAUUUGAAAAGUUAUGGAGUAGUCAAAACUCAAAUGUAAUUCCAAGUAUAUCUGCGAGUAUCAAAGCAACUAUCGACCCUACAGAUAUACUUGUUGAUGCUGUUCAUAAUUUCCAUCCUAAUUAUCGUCAUUAUACUCAGACACAGAUGGAUGAAGACAGUUGAAGAUGCACGACAGUUCUCCAGAUAAAGUACAAAUCAUUUGACUUCUGCAGAGUACAUUCUACCAAGAGGAUAAUUUAAUAUGUACAUCAAUUAGUCACUCAAGUAUUGAAUGCUUUUUUCAAUGAUAUAUUGACCAUUCAAAUACGCUGGAGUCUUUCUAUGCCUUAUUCC